UUUCAUCGAAUACGCCAUUGUUAUUGUUUACUGCUCAAUAUUGUGAUGUUUACAUCGUCAAUGCGUUGCAAGAAGCUAGUUGGAUUUGAAGGCUGAUUUUUAUGGUACUUUUGUUGCCAGAAAACAAAAUUGGCAAGGCUUGGCCACUGCAUCAUGCUCAAAGGCGAGAUCGAGAGUGACAGCUCAACCGAGUCUAUGAAUGGAUCUUGGGUUAAACUUGAUCCAUCAAAAAUGAAUCAAAGCGUGAACACAUCCCCUAAGCUUUCUGAUGGGGAGGAGAUGGAAACACUUCUAGCUGAUGCUGUUGAAGACCAAAUGAAACAUUCCAGAUAUCAAGAAAGUAAAGGAAUUUCAAAGGAGGACCUUUCUCAGGAUGCUAAAUCCGAUUGGGUGGAGGCAUGGGCGAGCAGACCAGAGCAACGACCCUCGAAAAAGAUCAAAAUGGAGCAUCCUACACAUACAAAAACGAUGCCUUUAAGCAUAAGAAGGACAAAAAUGAUGAAAAGCACGGAAUUGUCCUCUACCAAUCUGCUGAUUGUCAUCCCGAUGUUGGUGUUUUCACACGCCAUCACUCUUGGUAUUGGCAUUUUCAUCGGCAAGAAACUCAAUUCAGCUUUGCCAGCCAGGUAGAAGAAUUUAUGAAUCGUUAUUACCUGGUGUUAUUUUCUCUCUUGAGAAGGAGCUUCAGAAAUUGGUGUCUUUGCUUACUAGAACAAAUGUGAAUUAAUUUAGCGGCAGUUGUAUUGAGAAUAAGAAAUAUUUGUUUUUGUGAAUUUUAUGUACUAAACAUAUUGUUUUAACAUUUAUGAAAAGAUUCUGUAUCUCUGUAAAGUACCGGGAUUUCUAUAACUGCUCUUUGAAAGAGUAGGUGAUAAUUAGAAGGGAUGUUGGACUUUUCCACUCAAUUUGUGACCAUUCCUCGCUACGAAUCCUCUACCCCUUCCUUAUCUUAUAUCAGAUUAAGAAAGCUCAAUUCUUUCUUGUUCAUGAUUACAUUUUUGCGGCCCAGGUCAAGGAGCUAUGGAAAUAGAAAUACAUCUUAGCUUUGCUUUAGAUUACUUACCUUACAUGUAUUCUAUGCCCUUACUGGUAUGAGACUAUUUAAAAAUGGCCUUUCGGCAUUCCCAUGUUACUGACGUUAUCAAUAGGUCCGUAUAAAAAGUCCAAUUGGGCAAUAUUUGACAGGUCAAUUUCUUGAAAUCUGCUGAUGUAAACCAAACUAUUUAUAACUUACGCUUUGUGUUCUAAAUAUAUCUAAAUUUCGUAUAAAACCCAAUUAUAUUAUUUGAGUU